CUCUUUAGAAGUGUUUUAACGUUAUUUUCAUGGGCUCUCUCCCUUACAUUGGUAGAUAGACAUGAUAUUGUCUUCUUAAACCGGUCAAGUUAAUAGACGAAGUCUAUUUUAUGUAGAAGUAGAGAAGAAAUAUAUCUUUAUUUGAUAUAGGUUGUUUUCAAGGCGUCUCCGUUCCGCGUUCAGAACUACUACGCAUGCGCAGAGCAGUGCAUUAUGGAAAAGGUCGUUUCCUGAUGAUUAUUUCAAGGAGACCUUCAAAUAAUGUUUUUUGUUCCGCCGAUCGAUCAUAUCACUUAAUUUUGAUCAUAUAGUCGUCACUUUAUGCGUGCUACACGUUUAUACGUCUCCCUCUAUUCUUUAUCCGAGCUUUAGUGUUAAGUGUCCAGACUUCGAGACCAAGGUGAAAGUAAAAAAGUAAAAAUGAAAGUAAAACUGCGUCUGCCGACAUCUUACAAACAUGAGCGUCCGUCAGGAAGAAGCAAUUUUUUUUGCCAUAAUUUAAAGUAGACAUUUUUGUUUUCUUUAAGGUUUAUGUUUAUUCAAAGAUGCAUUCGUCCAGUUGUUUUUUCAUGCCGAUACUGCUCAUGAUCGCUGAUGGGUUCACAGUGAAGGGUUCCUCAGGUCCUCUGGUUGUUCCUCUAGGAGGUUCAGUUCUUCUGCCCUGUUCUGUUGAUUCACUCUCAUCACUGAAGGAUCUGGAGGUGGAAUGGAAAAGAUCAGACUCACAGACUCUCAUUCAUCUGUAUCAAGAUGGAGAUAUUAAACCAGAAGUCCAGAAUGAGGAUUAUCAUGAUCGAGCUCAUUUCUUCACUGACGACAUUAAACAGGGAAACUUCUCUCUCCUGUUGAUGAAUGUGACAGCUGAAGAUGAAGGACAAUACACAUGUACAGUUCACAGUGGACACGAGUCUCAUGAAACUGUGAUUGAAGUAUCGUUGAACAAUUUUGGUUUGUCAGUUUUACACAUAAUGGUGUUGAUUUUGUGUAUUUCUGCAUGUGGAUCUGCUAUUCUCUUCUGCUCUCUCAUAUACUGCAGAUCAAACAACACAGAUCUCCGUCUUCAGAUGUUUCUGGUCUUCUGUCCAAAUAUCAUCAUGUUUUUUGCUUUUGUCUUUUGGGGUGUUUCAGAAGGAUCUGUGAUUGAAACGGUCUCCUGUUGUUCUCUUUACAUUGUCAGACCUCUCAUGUUACUCUGGGCUGCUCCAUAUGUUCAACAGUUUACAGGCAACAUUAAAACAUGGAUCCUAGAUUACACCUAUGACACAGAAUAUAUUGUUUUCUCAACUGUUCUGUAUUCAGUUCUUUUUUAUUCUGCCUGGAGAAGAGGUCUGAGUUAUGCUGGAUUUGAAGGCAUUAUGAUCAUAGUGCUCUUUGGAUUUGUUCUUCUGUUCUGCCUCUUCUAUAGUAUUUUCAUGUUUGUUAGAGUCACUGGGAUAUUAAGCCAACGGGUGAUUAACAUAUUAAAUGUUCUGGCUGAUAUAUUCGCUGAUGUCCUGCCCUCAUUACAAUUCGUCCUCCUGAUCUACUCUUUUGGAUCAACCAGUGGAGGUUUCUUCAUUGUUGCAGUUUUACCUGUGAUAGUAGCUGUCACAGAUUACGAUUGGGAUCUUACAUGUGGGGAAAGGAUGGGCUGUUCCCCUUUGGUCAGGAGGUCAGUGUGGUCUGUAAUGAUGUUUUUGGUGACUGCACUAAUGAUGUUUUUCUACAUCAUGGCACUGGAAAAUGAAAAAGAUCGAGUUGGAUGGGCCUGUAAAAUAGGAUUUCUACAAGUAUUAUGGACAACUUGGAGCUUUUCCAGGUCAUUUAGAGAUAUAGAUUUUCCUCGCAUCAUGCCUGUGUAUUUGUUUGGAUCAGUUGGUGUUGUUUUAAUCAGCGCAAUCGCUCUGAUGACUGAACUGAUACUGAAAAUAGUUAAUGGUGAAGGUCUAUUAGGGGAUCUGAGAAUCGUCGUGUUUUCCUUAGAAACUCUCUUUGUCGCAUCAGUGCUGAUUUUACUGGUAUUUGCAACAUGGAUCAAACCGUGUCUGCAGUCCUGUCAGGCUAGAGCAAAAUGUAAACGAACCCGAAAACAACCUUCUACAGAUGCAUCAGGAACCGAAAUGAAUCCUCUGAAUACACAAGCUGGAGAAGCUCAGCCUGAUUCAGUGGAAUCACAAACAUGAGAGAAGAUCAUUCUGGAUUCAUCUCAAACACUCAUGAGCUCUGACACACUGAGACUGUUAUUUUAUAUGUAAUGCAGAAGGUUUUAAAACGUUUUUCUUUUUGCAGUUCGAAAAUGGGUGUAAAUAUGUGCAUGAUUUUUUUAUUUCCUUUUGUGAUAAAACAGUUGCUUUUUUAUUAUAUAGAUACAUUUUAAGAUCCGGCUGUAACUUCAAUAGUAAACAUUAAUUUUCCAUUUCUUUUGAUCAGAAUAUGAAGUCGUUUCAGACAGUUUGUAAUGACACUGCAAUCUUAAGCGACUUGUGUUUUUAUUAAGUUCCAAUGAUAGUUGUUCAUGAAGCAAAACAGCAAAAGCAAAUAUAAUGCAUUAAAUUCGAUUGUUAAGACAAACGUUUUUGCAUUUUGAGCUUGGGUUUACACUAAAGCUGUUAAUUCCUCAUGGCAUGAGCGCUUGAAGGUUUUACAGUGAUAUUGUUGAAUCUGUCUGAAAGGAGUUGGAUGACAUCUCAGAGAGCUGCAGGUGCAGCUGCUUUACUGCCAAACUGAAAACAACAGCCUGAAACAGUAAAUAGAUGGAUUCUCUCUCAACUGGACAAGUUGAACUAAGGUUAACAAACAUUUUAUUACAGCACAGGUCAAUUCUGUUUGUAAAAUUAUUAUUUUCAAAUAGGUCCAGAAGACUCAGCUCCAUGAGAGCAGAUCAUUCAUAAACACUAUGAGCUGAGAACUGACUACAGUUCAGUUUUGUUUUAAUGUAUAAUGUACAUUUGGUUUUGUACUGUGAGCUAUUUUAAAUGUUUUCACUCAUGUUGAAAUAGCUGUAGAUAAGCAAUUGGAUUUUAUGGAUUUAUGGAGGUCACUGUUUGUUUAUGAUCAGAGUUCAUGGUUUAAGUCUCAGGUUCACAGUGGUGUCAGUACAGGAUCGAUAAAUCUUCCCGUUUCUGGGUCAUUGUAAAAAUGUAAGCAUGUGUCACAACGCUGCACUUAACAUAGAGUUUUAAAUCAGUUUGCAACCCUGAAGCUGUAAUUCUUUUUUGUAAAUGUUUUGAUGCUGAAUUAUUAAAAAUGUCUUCCAGAUGAAA